ACACCGAAUGUGAACUUAAACCGGCGGGUUCAGCUAUGAAGACUGAGCAAAGUUGUGUGGAGACACCGGCCACUCUCCGGGGGGCCAAAGAUCUGCUCCAAAAGCUAGCGCCCGGCGAAGAGGUUGCCCUGGAGAAGCAAGUCGACAGCAAAUACGUCGAUUUGGAGUUAAUGGACGUGAACACAUGCGGGGUAAAACCGGAGAAAGACUGUCCCUUUGGUGAAAAAGACCAAAUGUCUGUCCUUUUUAACAGUAGCGGCACCGGAGCUCUGCGCGCACCGGCACCAAACCACGAGCUGGCCAUUACUGGCGAGACUGAAACUAAACAGAAAGGGGGUUCGGAAAUUGGGAAUUGUGCAGAAGAUGUCAAGGAGAGGCCCUCUGAUCCAUCCUCGUCAUCAGAUCGUCCUUAUCUUCACGCAAAGUCAGACAAUUGCCUCAAAUCAGGAGACAAAAUCGAACCCGCCGUAACGCAGCCCGGGGUGCCAAAUAAAGAAGACAACAAAGCCACACCCAGCGACCAGGAAUUACACUGUAGUGAUAAUUAUCUGAGCGGGAGAAGUGAGUCGGAUGAUUAUGAGGAAGAUGAUGAUGUUAGUUUGGUGCUUUCCGACGACUCCGUCCCGUGCGUAACGGAGGAUGAGUCCCAUUACAUUACCACGCACGAGAUCCAGCUCUCGGAGCUUUCUGACCAUGAGGGGGACUACGACGUGGGCUCCUCCGCCAGCUGGGACAUUGAGGACGACAACCAGGUGUACUCUUUUGUCGAUUAUGCUUCUUUUGGCGGUGAUGGAGCGGCGCAGGAGAGGGGGGACCGGGGCGCAGCAGCAGCAGCAGCAGUCAGCACUCUGCUUGAAAGUGAUCUGUGCGAUGCGGCCAAGUUCACCAGCUCAGAUGAGAGUGUGUUAAAGUCCCAGCAGCAGUGCAGUGGCAACAGUGCGGGACAGAUCCACCUGUCAAUCAGAACCACUUCUCGAGCUAUAAAUGACCCUAGCAACAUCCAAGAGCAGGGAAAUAUUCUUUAUCAUGCCAGGCGCUCUGGAGACAUGAGUCGCUAUGUGUUUAGGGGAGUUGAUGGGAAGGCAGAGACGUUGUGUGACAGGGCAAAGUGUUUCAUAGCUGCGCCCGGACGCUUGCACUUUGGCCGCAAAUUGAGGGGUAAAGAGGUCACCGGGUGUUCCAGCGGUGCGUCCAGCGCUGUCAGCGAGCUGGACGACGCUGACAAGGAGGUGCGCAACUUGACAGCCAGAACCUUCAAGAGCCUGGCUUAUCCUUACUUUGAUGCCAUUAAUUUCAGCGCAUCCAGUGAGUCCUCUGCAUCAGAGCAUGGGAUAGGGAUAAACAGAUGGUCCACGUUUGUCGACCUGAAAUAUGGCAAUAUGAAUAUGUCACAGGGACUGGACCAACGUUUUGUUUCCCAUAAAAACUCAACGGCCUCAUUUGAAAUAGCCAAAAAUAUAGACAAUAGAGGUUAUAAGGACAUUACACUGGCAAGCAUCAAACCGCCCACCAGCAAGAUCUUCACUCUGAAUGGGAAUCCCCACAGCGCAUCGACAUCUACAAAGAAAAUAGAGCUGAUGGGGAAAUUCAGUCAGGGCCAGAGUGGGGUCAUUAGACUAACAGAGACUCUGAAUUUUCGUUGCAAUGUCAAAUCGGGAAUGUCUGGGGGAGAAAGGCGCACCAACUUUGCACAAAACGCCACAGGAUCACGUUCCACAGAUGAAGUUACAGUUAACAGUUUGCCAAGCGGCCAGAGGAGAGGGGCCAGCAAGCCGCCCUGUAAAACCAUGGAAGACGCACACAAGAAAGCCAUAUUCGCCUCGAGUCUGAUCAAAAAUGUGAUUUCUAAGAAGAUGCAGUUCGAGCAGGAGCGCAAGAUGGAAAGAGGGGAGAUAAGUGAGCCGCAUCCGACGUCUUCUCCGUGCUUUGUACACCAGGAGAGCGACAGCCACGGGGGGAAUAGGAGCCGGGAGCUGCACAGACAGAGCUCCAAAUUUUCCGAGAGCAGCUCUGACUACGCCAUAAUGUGCGUGGAUGAAUUAGGGGACAUCGUGGACAGCGGCUCAUGUGAUACCAAGAGCGACUCUCGGAGAGGAGACACGGCCGCCCCCGCAUCAGAAACUAAUUUGGAACAGGCAAAUGAAGCUGGAAUCAAUACUAAAAAAGGCACAUUGGAAGCGUCUAAAAGCACGCUGCUUCGCAGCCAAAAUAGCGCGUUCAGAUGCUGGAAGGACGAGGAGCUAGAGUUUCAAAAGGAUCAUAAAAACGAUGAAACUCUGGAGGGGAAGUCGCCUUCAGCUAACGACAAAGAGAGCGAGGGGGAUCAGUACUCAUCGGGCAGAGGCAAACUGACUAAAAUGUCACAUUUGUUUGUGCCAAGCAUCCAACUGCUGGCCAGUGACGGAGAAGUCGGACAGCAGCUGCAGAACAGCAACUAUUCCCCAUGUGGAGAUGGAGGAGGGACACAACUGCGCUCCGACAACACUUUAUACAUCGAAGACUCCAGAAGGGUGGCUACAUCUAAAUCUCCGGAAAUUAAAAUUAACUUAAGGAGCGUCAGAGACAAUAAAAAGGAGCCUUUUGGCGUCUCCAAACUGCGCGCUCCUAAUAUAGGCUGUAACACAGCCAGCCUCAUCAGAACAGAUGACUUCAAAUGCCAGGCGCUGGCUGCAGCUUUAAAGGGUGAGUCUUCAGAUAAAGUGCCGCAUUUCAUGGUUAGAGACAUUAGAGAUCACAAAGGGAAGCUGCAGACGCCCAUACACCAAGUCAGAGAUGUGCGCAAACUUGUGAAAAGCUCCUAUCACUUUGUUUCUUUGGAUAACAACGAAAAUAAAACCAACGUUGCCUCUGCUGACAGCCAUUCAGAGCAAAAGAAGCAAAUGCCCUAUCGAAAUCCCAAUUCCGUGUCCCCUAUAGUGAUAAAAUGUCAGUCUGUGAAUACAAACAGUAACGGAAAACAGUUAUCAGAGUUAUCUAGACGGGAGUCGUUAGACAUAGACAGAUCGUCUCCGGAGGGCACUAAAAGUGCUCCUCUGCAAAGGGCAGCAGGGAGAGCACCCAUAGGUAACUCAAAUAAUUCAUCAGAGGGAAGCAUUGGAUUGAGAACAGAAAGCAGGAUAGCUUCAAAGAAGCAAGAGAUAACAUCAGAUAUCUCAGAUAAGAAACCUGAAUCAAAGAUGGCGAACCAGGUUGCUUUGGAAAAACUCCAGGCAGCUGUGAAAACCAUGGAGCAGCUCUAUGUAUUUGAAAGAAAUGAAUGGAAGAGGAAGAAUGAGCCCCAGCGCCUGACAGACAGCCAUGUGCUUUCACUGAUAGCCAGCGAUGAACAUGGAGGACCUGAGGAGGAAGGAGCGAGAGCGUGCAACAUGGACAAGACGGUCAGAAGAGACUCCUAUCCUAACACUGACAAGACGCCACCAGCAGUAGCAGUGUCACCCGGUAAUGCCAUCCUGCUGAGGCGAGAGGACAAAAUCUUUCAGACUCCCGGCAGCCGUGAUGACAGGCAGGUUGCUAAGUCACUGCAAGCCACCAGCACCACGGGGAACAAGAACAUGUUCAACCUCAGCUCUAGCUUUAAGGCCCCCGCAACCGCAAAGACGCCCCAGCCAAACAGCGUCACACAAACACCUUUCAGCACCAAAAGCUUCACCCCAAAGUCCCCCAAAGUGCCUGUGCCCUUAAAUAUCAGCCAGAGGAAGCUUAGUGGUCAUGAGGGAGCUGAAUCAAAGGAGGUAGAGAGGUCCACGCAGGAGCUCUUUAGCGCCUCAGCUGACAACGAGAACUACCUAACCAUUCCGGUCAAGUCUCACGCCAGCAGCAACAAACAAGCCUCAUCUGCUGAACAAACAUCAGCGUACACAUGUAGCACCCAGACACACCUAACCACACCAUCAAGCCACUUGGGAUCCGGCAGCAGAGGCCAGGAAGUCCACAACCAGUCCCCUAAACGCUCCAGCAUUGUGAUGGAGACACACUCACCAGACAUCCCUCCUGCCACCAUCUACCACUCCUUUCCGUUGGGCAUGUCCACCAAUCAGCCUCAGGUGUAUUGCUUCUCCCCAGCUAUCACCCCUGCUCCCACCCUGGACCCCUUCCAGGCCACCCAGAGGAAGAUGCUCCUCGAUCCCACCACUGGAAACUAUUACAUGGUGGACACUCCGGUGCAGCCAGCCACCAAGCGCCUCUUUGACCCCGAAACAGGCCAGUAUGUGGACGUGCCUAUGCCGCAACCUCCUAUGACCCCGGUGCCCAUGCCGAUCUCACCUUUGGCCCUCAGCCCUGGAGCAUACGGACACACCUAUAUGAUCUACCCAGGCUUCAUGCCGACACCAUCCGUGAUCCCGGCCCGGACGCUGGUGCAGUCGCAGAUGUCGGUGCACUCCGAGGUGGAGAGUGGCGAGAGAGGCUCGUCGCAGCAGACUGAGGGCAUGUACAUGGAGAGUCCCUUUUACAUGGCCACUGGAAAGUCUCCCCAGGCGGCUCAACAGCAGGCCACUGCCCACAGGCCGCCACAGGGCUUCUCCAGCGUCAAGCAGCCGGUCAUCAGCAUCACCUCCCAGCAGGGGCCCAGGAUCAUCGCCCCGCCCUCCUUUGACGGGACCACCAUGAGCUUCGUGGUGGAGCACAGAUGAAUGGAAGCUUACCUGGACAGGCAGGGCAAAGAGGGACCUCUUGGACAACUCACCUGUGUGACCUGCAGACUGAUGUACUUUUUAAGCCCCAUUUAACAUGUAUUUCUACAGUAUGCAUAUCACUGUAAUUUUUCUGACACUGAGUUGAUGAUUGUUUUGUACUUAAAAGAGUUUACAGACUGUGGAUCUGCCGGCCAAUCCACCCCUUCUUUCAUUUUGAAUCAACUGUUAGUUAAAUAUGUCUAAUUUCCUGUCUAACCCAACAUCAAGCAUUCUUUCAUAAUAACUACAAUGAUGAUGUUGUCAGAAAACAAUACCACAUUUGUGAAAAGAUCAUCAUGUUUUUAGAAGUGUUCAUGCAGGAAGGUAUUAUAUUAUAUUCAAAGGAUUAAGCCAUGUGAAUUAUAAAGGAUGUGGUGGUGUUUCAGGCAGUCAGUUUUCUGCCUUCUGAGCUGCUGAGCUGUUUGAAUGUAGAAAAUCUUUAGCUGUGGUAUUGUUUUGGAUUCAAAUGUUGCUCCAUCCCUGCCCCACUUGCCAUGUAUCAAUUUAUUUAAAAUAAUAAUAAUAAUAAUAAUAAUAAUAAUAAUAAUUUUAACUGUCAAAAAGUCCAAAUUAAAGGAUCAAUUUACCCAAAUUACUAAAAAUAUGCUGAUUCUGAAAAAAAUCAGUAUGGGAGUCAUAUACCAAGCAAAUUGAUUCCUAAACUUAGCGAACAGAUCAAUGUUGUUUACAGUAUAGUAGCUGUUUACAGCUCUGUAAAUGACACACACAUUACUUAUCAGUGUUAGGAAAAAUGUGUUUAGAGAUAUAACUUGUGCCUUAACAAUCAAAAAGGAAUUGUACAAUGGCUCACAUGCAGUGACUCACUUGUUUAGCGCAGCACAUGGGAUAGCCAAUUAACAAUAACAAUAAAUAUUGUAUUACAUGACUUAAAAACAGUUUUUAAAUUGACAAUUUCCUGCUUUUAUUCUAAAUAACCGAUACAUUAUACUGAACCUGUAUGUAAAGUUUCCCCUGAACUUUCAUGUGCUCAGUUUAGUUUAGCAACAAGUCUGAUGAGCAGACGCCGCUAGAUGUAAGGGAGAAAAUGUGUAUUUUUUUUGAUGUGUGUGAAUGGACUUUGAAAUCCCAAAUGCAGAAUUAAAUUGUUCAAUUUUUACUGUUCCAAUCUUAAACUUGAAAAUGAACACAUAGUAUAUAACAGAGGUGUGCAACACAGCAAAAAUAACCUCCCAAUAUUUUUCACCAGUUGUGUGUGAUGUUAGUCUUCCAAAGUGUGUAUAUUCCUAAACAAUCUGUUUAAUCUAUUUGUGCACUUUUCCAUUUAAUCACAUUAUAAUAGUUUGUCACUGAACUCAAAGUCCUCUUCAAACUCACUGGUUCCACUGAUGGAAUUUGAAUUAUCAUUUAUAUCAGUUUUUGAUGCAUGGAGAAGAGUUUUUUUUUUUUUUUUUUACUUCUGUGCAACAGAGGAAAAUAAAGCUUGUUGUUGUAUUUGAAAUGAAAUUCUGUAUAAGUGUAAAUACUUUUCACAGGUCUCAAGGAAGGCCUGAUGUUCUGACGCGUCACUGAAUGAUUUCUGUGAUUCAAAGCCUUGCGCAAAGACACUUAAAUAGGGUGGGGUUUGAACCCACACCACCCUGCUGCUUUAAAACCAUUACUAUGAACUUUCUGGACAGACCGUUAAUACUGUGAAGGUAAAGGAAAGUAGAUUUGUCAUGAAUAGAAAAAGUGAGGAUGUCUGUUUUGAAUGAGGGGACUUUUAUUUGGAAAUGUUGAAUGCACCAUGCACCACAGGGACUGGUGGGUUUAGAUGGACAGAGAGAAAUGAAACGAUGGAGAAUUUUGUCCAAAGUAAAAUUAAUGCUCAAAUGAAGACUUUAGGUUUUUAAUUUUGAUGUGGUUUGAAAAUGUACAGUGUUGUGUCAAAAUACCGUAAGGGAUGUUUCAUCAGAUGCUGAUGUUAAAUUUGUUUGUGCCUUGUGAAAAUUUAAUAAAUAUAAAACCCUUUUGCA